AUGGCUGAGAUGAAGGGUGAUGAUCCCUUUGACUGGGAGAUAGACCGUGUGGUCCAGGAACUAUGCACCUCUAAUCGCAGCUGGAUCCCUACUCCACGCGCCAAGUUGCCAGGCCCAGAAGCUCUGGCACAGAAGUUGAUAGAUGGUGAAUACGAUGGGGAGACGUUGCUUGCCACACCAGAGAACGACCUUUGGAAAGACCUGGGGAUCACCAAGGCCAAGUACAAAGUCAACAUUCGACAUGCCCUCAGCCAGUUCACAUCACGAAGCCCUAAAUACAAGAAGUAUUUAGCGUCCAUCAAAGACCAGGAUGUUAACAUUGACUCCGACAACGAUACCACUGGGACUCUCCACCAGGCCUUCACUCCAGUCUCUGACGCUGGCGUACCAGCGGUAGCGCCAACUACUACACAACCUGCUGAGACAAUCCAGAAUGAUGGCCAAACCAUGCAAAUGGAUGAGCACCCUGAUGAACCCCCAAAGAAGAAGAAGCGCUUAGCCGUCUCCGCCAUGACCACGAACCCCAGAUCGUCCAUUGCAAAUCAACCUUCUAAUAUAGCAACACUCCCAAACUAUGCAGAAAUCAACACCUAUGCCUUGGAUGAAGCGGCACAGGUGCCACCAGAGGACUCUGACAUGGAUGCAAUGGAUAUCAAGCAGUGCGAGAGUAGCUCUAGGGCCUACUGGGGCAACGGCAAGCUCCCCAAAUCAGGCGUAUUUGAAGCCUCAAUCUCAACCAAUGAUGACGUGAUCUUCGGCUGGGGAACCCCCACAUCCAUCGGCAAGGCAAAGAAGAAAUAUGUCGCCGAUAGAAUGAAGAGAUAUCUCCGCCGCCCAAAGCAACAAUUUGAUACUGAGGACAACAAGAUUUUACCAUUGUAUGGGCAAUCUGAUGAUGAAGAGGAUUGUUCUGAAUGGGACGAGAUCGUUGAGACUGUUCAGAGAGAAGAGUUGGAGGAUGCGGAGGAAGCCGACGAAGAAGCCGACGAAGUCCUUGGUCUCCUUGCAUCUGAGGUUGACAAUUUGCUUAAGCAGAUGGUGGAAGAAUGUGCCACCAACUGGCAUGAGCAACAACUUCCGAAGGAGAAGCACAGAGCUUACAAGAUCUGGGAUGAUACCAGGAAACGUGGCACCAGGGGCAGUACGGUCAAGGAAAUGACGACAGAACUCUGGAAGGGACGGACUCGCCUUGAGAAGACACUUGCGGAGAUGAAGGCCAACUAUUAUCAGACUGGAUCCGAACUUCGUGGCAUGUCUGAUUUCUUGAAGCCGGACGUUAACAAGAUCGAGCACAUCAAGUGGCUUAUCAGUGUCGUCAAUAGCCCAGAGGCGCCCGAACGAGUUUCCAAGUUGAAAUCACCAUCUCAGAGGAAGCGAAAGACGAAGCGAACACGCGAAAUUGAUCUCUGGAGCGGAGAUGAGCAGGAAGAAGAGAUGGAUGACUUCAUUGUCGAAGAUUCUUACGAUGAGGCUGACCCUCAAGAACGGCCCCAAGAGCCCCGUGAGGCUGAAGCAUUCGAUAUGGAUCACUCCGUCUCGAAUACACCAUUAGACCCAGCUCAAAGCUUCGGGUCUAGUACCACCGAGGAUAUCGAAAUGCAUGACUUAACGCAGAUUGAUGACUCGCCUUUCCGCGGCCGAGACUACGCUUUGAUCGACCUGGUAACCCCGUCUAAGCCGAAGCGAAAGCCUGCAACUCCACGAGCCUCUGCCAAGGGCACGACAUAUAGCGCUUCGCCAGCCUCAGAGAGAUUUCCCCUGAGCGAUCCAAAGUCCAUCGCCAACAUGGGCACUUUGCACUGGGAGGAGAGAAAAGACUUUGAGCGACUCAUUGUAACAAUCCUUUCCAACCUUCAUAAAGCCAGACAGAACGACAUAUUCGACAACAUCAUCAUUCUGCAGGGCGAAGACGCUCCAGUUGGAUCACUCAGGAAGGAAUAUGUUGACUUUGCGUGCGAGCAUUGCAAAUCCUCCACAGACGUGGUCAGAGGCUCGAGGGAGAAGAACCGGUAUGAGACUGCUGCCACCCUCACUAGACUGUUUGCCAUCUAUCUCAACAAAUACUCGGCAUCGGCAUCGGAAUCGAUGAAUCUAUCUCCCAAGUGUAAGAAACUUGAUGCAGAUCACAUCGGGCGUGUCAAGGCGGGAAUCGGACACCUCCCUGAAUUCUGGGCCCUCCUCAAGACGAUUGCCCCCAGCUUCGGUUAUACGCAGGAAGCGGACGAGUCCCUCUCCGCUGAUGACGAGGAAUUAGGCUCUGACAGCACCGAAAUGGCAUCUGUUGCUCAACCCAAGCAAGCACCGGCUGGAUCCUCGCAAAAUGUCAGGGAGAAGGAAAAGCGGCGCCAGAAAGAACAGCAGCAGCGGAGGCUCCUGCUUCGACAGCAAGUCCAGGGCUCACAGCUAUCACAUGAGAAAUCACGCCUUAUUAUCAACGAGUCCAAGUUGGAGGGUCACAACCUGGUGUACGUCCACGACUACAUCGCUGGACGUAUCAAAGACCACCAGAUCGACGGAGUCCGCUUCAUGUGGGACCAAAUCCUGUCAGACGCGAACCAGGGCUGCCUGCUCGCCCAUGCCAUGGGUUUGGCGAAGUCCGAAGACCCCAAAGUGUCUUGUCAGAUUCCUGACAACCUGAAGGAGUCGAGGACGCUGAUACUCUGUCCUGCAGGCCUUCUCAACAAUUGGAUGGACGAGCUUCUAUUGUGGGCGCCUGAUGAGAUUCUCGGGACUCUCCUGUCUGUCACAGCCAUCAUGAGUGAGGAGGAGCGAACUGACAACAUCCAAGAAUGGGCAGAUGAAGGCGGCGUCCUAGUGAUCGGGUACACAAUGCUCACACAAAUAGCGAAGCGAGAAGAUCUACUGACCUUGAUUUUGGAAUCCCCCUCGAUUGUCGUUGGGGACGAAGCACACAACUUGAAGAACGACAAGUCACAGAGGAGCAGUAUUGCCAAUCGAUUCAGGACGCACACCAGACUUGCCCUGACAGGGUCACCGCUGGCCAAUAAUGUGGAUGAAUAUUAUGCUAUGAUCCAGUGGGUUGCACCCGGUUUCUUGGGGGAGAAGCGAUGGUUCAGAUCAGAAUAUUCCAACCCGAUUGCCAACGGGCUAUACGAAGACAGCUCUCGCACAGACCGAAGAAGAGCCAAGAUCCGUUUGGCGGCCCUCAGGAAGGUCGUGGCGCCCAAGAUGCAUCGCAGGACUGUUGGCACUCUCAAGGACAGUCUACCCCCAAAGACAGAGUACAUUGUUUACCUCGACAUGAGAAAUGUCCAAAAGGCGGUAUAUUUGACCUACUUAAACGUAGUCAAUGGGGCAGGCGUUAACCAAGUUCCGCUCAUGUGGGCCUUAAUCAGAACGCUCGGCUUAUUGCUUGCACAUCCCCUGGUUCUCGAACGAGUUCUAAAGCAGAAGCUGCAGGACAGCAUACAGUCAAGCUCCAAGAAAGCUGCCCGCAAUGAUGGCGGCGAGGAAGACAGUUUCGCUGCGCUGCCUCACCAAAUUGUGUCGACCACAUUGGACGCGCUUACUGCUCAGCACGAGUAUGCAGAUCUCAAUAGCUCCUUCAAGAUGCUUGCGCUUUUCAAGAUCAUUGAGGAAACGACAAAGCUGGAAGAGAACCUCCUGGUCUUCUCUCAAAGCCUUCCGUCCCUGAACUUCAUCGAGAAGAUCUGCAGACAGAAGCGGAUAGCUUAUCAGCGACUGGAUGGUAAAACUGAUGUCAACAAGCGUCAGGACCAGGUCAAGAGAUUUAACGAGGGCAAGGGACAAGUCUACCUGAUCUCAACGACGGCCGGCGGCGUCGGUCUCAACAUAUACGGGGCGAGUCGUGUCGUUAUUUUUGAUUUCCAGCACAGCCCGGUACAUGAGCAACAAGCCAUUGGCCGCGCAUAUCGGAUCGGACAGACCAAGCCAGUGAUUGUGUACUGGCUGAUCUAUGACGGCACUUUCGAGAAGGCCUUGCACAACCAACAGGUAUUCAAGAACCAGCUGGCAUCCAGGGUUGUUGACAAAAAGGAUCCUUUGCCCAAAGCGACAAUCCUCAGGCAAUACUUCGCCGAGCCCCACCAGGUCGAGCACCAAAAUACUUCAGCUUAUUUCGGACAAGAUGCUAUUCUUGACACUCUGCUUCUCUCAGAUGAAAUCCGCGAGGGAAUUUCCUCCAUCAGCACGACAGAGACCUUUGAAGAGGAGGACACGCAGAAAUUGGAGGCCGAUGAGAUAGCCGCGGCAGAGGAGCUCGUGCAGCAAAUCUCGCGGAAGAUCAAUGCGGCGGAGGAUAACCUAGCUGGAAUGCCUUCACAGCCAUGGGAACAAAUACGAGAUAUUCCAGGUCUUUUGCCUUCGGACUCGGUUGGUUUUGCCCCGGCGUUGUCCCCUCUACAUUUUCAACAAUCCCAGGCUUUCGGUUCAGCUUCAGCAUUCACAGCUGCAUCAAUUCCAGGCUCAGUCGUCACUGCACUUGCAAUGCCCGACUAUCGCACAGACUCCUCACAGCCUUUGCUUGCUUCAUGUCCAACAGAACACGAGUCUAGGGCAAAUGAAACUGGUACUAAUUCUCUGAUGCAGAUGAUGCCCGUUACCACUGCUCCAUUGCCUACCGGAAUUCGUCAACACAACUUUUCACGGCCUGUUGGGGUUGAUCGCAACGAGUCUGUAUAUACGCAAUACCACUACCAAAACGCAAACGGACUGGUGGGUGCCGAUACUCUUCGCAAUGAGUUGGCACCGCGCGUGCUCCCUCGAGAUGAUCCGUUCGUGGAUUUUGACAGAAGCCAUCCAAUGCUUGGUGCUGAGAGAGCACAGAGUUUAGCAAGAACCGCUGCUGAAUCAGGCAUAAUGCCGGUCACUAUGGAUGCAGUUCAAAGCCGCAGUGCUCAAAUGGCAUUAGCUGAUAUUGAACAUGCCUCUGUAUCGCAAGACAUGGUGCCAGUGGCGAUGGGCGGCAUCCAGAAGCGAUCAAUUCCCAGUGCAGCUGGACAGGAUAGCAUUGCCUCUCGAGAGUCCAUGAAACCCAUCGGGUUAGCUCCAAUGAUAUCCAGGCCCUCCGGGCCUUCGGCGACCAAGGUUGAUGCCAUGGCUGAUUUUCAGAAAGAGUUGACGAAGCAAGCGAGUUAUCCUCUCAAGCAACGCGUACCGGCUCUAGUUGAGCAGGUCAAUAAGUACAUCAAGGGAGGGGCUUUGCUGCGGUCCAGUACGUGGAAUAAGCUGAAGAUGCUGGUUCAGGGACGCCAAGACCGUGCGGAUAGAGUCCUCGACGGCAACGUUUCUCCUCAGGCUUUGGCCACGGCUGGCGAUCCCAAAGCUGGUCUGGAGAAUCUGUUGGAAGGGCGUCGCUCAGUGCCACAGUCUCAGGGCGACAAGGGCACGAAGGAUCCUGAUCACACUCAACAGAUCUUGCAGCGGUCGAUUAGUGAGGACGGCCAACCAGUUGAACUCAACAGCCAGAAAGCACAGGACAUGGCGGCUAUCCGUGAAGUCUACAAGAAUAGGAAGCUGAAGCCUCAAGACGGUUCCAAGCAGCCAAGAGUCAAGGCUGAGAAGACUGGGCAACGACGGCGGACGUUGCCGCCUGAUGGUCCUGGGAAGACCCUUUCGGAUCCAUUCAUCAUCGAUGACGACUAA